AUGCGAGAAGAACUGCGGCGGCGGCGGUCCUCCUACACGAAUCAAUCAAGGUUCCCCAUAAAAAAAAAUCAAUCAAGGUUCCUCUGCUUCCUCGAUUUCGGCAACAAGCCCAUGAUCCGCGUAGACCUCCAGUCAGCGCACACCCGUCCGCUAAAAAAAAAAAAAACGGCCGAGGGCGGCAGGCACAUCGCCGGCGACCCCAUCCGGCCGCCGCGGCUGGAGGAUGCGGGACUGGAGGACUGCGCGCUCCCGCAAGAGUCCAUCGCCGAGGCUUUCUCCCUUGCAGCGUUGGCCGUUUCCUCCCGCCUCCCUCACCUCUCCCUCUCUGAUGACGAGGACGAGGGGGACGACCCGCUCGCGCCUCGUGGAGGCUGCGUGGAGGCGGGACCCACCUGCGGGGCCAUUCCCGAAUCCCUUGUUGGCGGAGGGCGCGGCAGUGAAUGCCACGCCGACGAGGUCAUGGUCGUCGCCGGGCGCGGAGACGAGGAAGAUAGGGUUGUUGUGGUCGUCGGCCAAGAGCUGGGACAGGAGAAGGGUUGCGCCGAGGGGACCAGAGAAGGAGAGCAGCGGAAGGUGGAGGAUGGGAUUGUGGAGAAGGCCAUCUUGGUGAAAGAUUUCGCGUGAGCUUUUCUUCUAGCUUGAUGAGAAGACAUCUCCCUAGUAUUUGUUGUUUCUUUGACUUGCAAUGUAUACCUUGAUUUUAAGAUCAGAUGACAUUAUGCUAAUCUCUUUGGUACGGUGGCAAGUUACUUAGCAUCAACGGUA